AUGGCUACUGCGGAUGUUCCAAGCCUUGCGAUCCCAGGCAGAGUGUUGGGUCCCGUGUCGAAAUAUGCCCCCGGCGCCGGAACACACAUCUUCGACGGCAACGUGGUGGCCUCGCUGAUGGGCAAUGUGACAGUCACUCCUCCGUCCAAGGCACCUGGACCCGCGAAGCGAUUGAAUAAAAUCACGGCGCCCGUAUCGGGAGAACUGUCUACAAUCACAGUCGCGCGACAGGGCCGCAAGCGCGAGAUCCUCCCCGACGUCAACAACAUCGUGCUAGCGCGUGUGGUGCGCUUGAUGCCCAAGCAGGCCAUUGUCGUGAUCCAGCAGGUCAGCGACACCGUGUUGCAGACGGAGUGGCAGGGCGUAAUCCGCGUGCAGGAUGUUCGCGCAACGGAGAAGGACAAGGUUAAGAUUCACGAGUCCUUCAAGCCUGGUGAUAUCGUCCGGGCCCAAGUGAUUUCGCUGGGUGACCAGGCCAACUAUUAUCUGUCGACGGCAUCGAACGAGCUCGGCGUCAUCAUGGCGACCAGCGAGGCGGGCAACGACAUGGUUCCCGUCAGCUGGAAGGAAUUUCAGGACCCUGAGACAGGCGCAGGCGAGCUGCGCAAGGUUGCCAAGCCGAGCUGA